AUGGUUGUUUUAUCUGCAUCAAUUUGUACCAGAGGUGGUAAACCAUUAUUAUCUAGACAAUUUAGAGACAUAUCCAGAGAUAGAAUCACAUCAUUAUUAUCAAAUUUUCCAUCAUUAAUUUCCAAUUCUUCAAAUCAACAUACAUCAAUUGAAGAUGAAAAUGUUAGAUAUGUUUAUCAACCAUUAGAAGAAUUUUAUAUAGUCUUGAUUACAAAUAAGACAUCAAAUAUUUUACAAGAUAUCGACACAUUACAUUUAUUUGCUUCCACUAUCUCAACAUUAUUAAGACAAAUUGAUGAAAAAGAAAUUUUUGAAAAUUCAUUUGAUAUAAUUGAUGCAUUUGAUGAAAUUAUAAAUAUGGGAUAUAAAGAAAAUUUAACUUUGAGUCAAGUACAAACAUUUUUGGAAAUGGAUUCUCAUGAAGAAAAAAUUCAAGAAAUUAUUGAAAGAAAUAAAGAAUUGGAAGCAACUGAAGAAAGGAAAAGAAGAGCAAAAGAAAUUCAAAGAAGAGAAAUGGCAAAUAAAACAAGUGGUGGUAAUGUUGGAGGUCCUGGAAAUUUUCAAUUUAAAGCUCAACAACAAAGUUUCCAACCUACUUAUCAACCAACAACUAUAGUUGAUUCAAAUCAUCAAGAAUCAAAAUCUUCAUUUAAUAAUAGACCAAGAGGUGGUGGACUUCAAUUGGGUAAAAAAACCACUAAACCAACCACAAAUACUGCAGCAGAACCAUUAUUAUCAAAUCAACCUGUUUUUAAUAGACCAACACCACCAUCAUCACAACCACCAAAAAGUGCAUCACCAUCCCCAUCAAUUCAACAACAAAAAGUCCCAAAUAAUGGUAUAUUAAUCACAAUAAAUGAAACAAUAAAUGCAAAAUUAACAAGAGAUGGAUCUGUUUCGAGUUCAGAUUUAAAAGGUACAUUACAAUUAAGAAUCAAUGAACAAUCAUUAUCAAAUUGUAAAAUUUUAUUAAAAAUUGAUGAAAAAUCAGACAAGAAAAAUUUAAAACCACAUCCAAAUGUUGAUAGAAGUAUAUUUACAAAAGAUCACGUUUUAACAGUAAAAGAUAAAUCAAAAACUUUCCCAUUUAAUGAUCAAGGAUUAAAUAUAUUAAUGUGGAAAUCAAAUGGUAAAAAUGAAGAUUUAACAUUAAUUCCAAUUGUUGUUACUGCUUGGGUUAAUAUAGAUGAAAAUUCAAUAGCUCAAGUUACAUUAGAAUAUGAAUUAACUUCAGAAUUUAUUGAAUCACAUCCUAAUGAAGAUUUUAAAAUAGAAAAUGUUAAAAUUUUAAUACCUGUACUUAAUGAUGAGAUUCAAUUACAAGAAAACGAAGUAAUUUCAUACGAUGUUAUUGAACAAGGUACUGUUUUUAAUAUUGGUUCAAUUACUACACAGGAACCUCUGGGAUCAUUUGAGUUCUCAAUUCCAGUAGAAUCAGAAGAUCAAUUAUUUCCUUUGGAAUUACAAUUUGAUAUCAAUCAACAAAAUGUAUUAGAGAAUGAUAUUUCUUUAGGUGGUAUAUCUAUUAUUGAUGUUGUUUCUAAUGAUAAUGAUGAAAAAUCUUUACCAUUUAAUUUACAUUCGAAUAUUAUUUCUGAAAAUUAUAUAGUUAAUUAG